AUGCAGGGAUGCAUCACAAGGAGGUCUGUCCCCUCGACCCCUAUAUCGGCGAUAUCGGCAAACGCCGCCGAUACGAGGUCAGGUCGACCUCCAACACCCAUUACACUCCUAACUGACAACCAGGCUGCAGAGCACAUCAUAUCAACCAAUGGACCUGGCCGCAACAAGUUGCUCACACUCAGAGCCGCAUUCAUGAGGGACACAAUCAAGAAAGGCAUUGUUGCUGUCAAGUGGAUUACAGGAGAACUGCAAGUUGCCAAUGGCCUAACGAAACUACUCGAUGCAAGGGGAUCAUCCAAGUCCCGGGAGGAUUUUGGAGUCAAGGGUAGUCUAGUCGCUCACCGCUAG